AUGGUAGAUGCGGGAAGAACAGGGCUGUUUGUGAAAGUGACAAAUCUCCAGUUUGCUGACACUGGAGUGUCAAAUGGAUUAAAAUAUAUUACUUGCUUGUUUGUGCCAGUUCCAGUAUCUAAACCCAGACUUUGGCCCUUGAGCUCUCUGGUGAACAGGCCAACAUGCUGGGGGCAGCCAGUAACUGUGCGCUGUCGCUGUACAAAGGGCACUGGCAUUCGUUACGCCUGGUAUCAACAUAUUCACCACAAGGACUUCCUGUUUCAGCAGUCUUCAGACUUGGGCCUACACUGUGGGACUGUGAAAGAAGACAGUAAUUAUUACUGUAUUGCCAGCAAUGACGUAAGCAGUGAGGAGAGUGAUGUCCUCUCUGUGCAGGUUCUGACGCCUGCAGACAACAGCUGCAUAUAUGCUGUUAACAUACAAGGCCAUCCCUUUUAUAACUGUGAGGACAGAAGAAGUACCACCAUGGCCACAACUCUGCCUCUGACUACCUCCCAAGCUCCUGUGAAAAUCCACUUGGACACAAGAAACCGAUCUUCACAGACCAAUCAAACUGAUCAAAAUCUUUUUUUCAGCAGGACAUGGACAGGGCUACCACUCUGGUACACACUGUUGCGUUGGGGUUCCUUUGCAUCAUUGCUGAUGUUUCUAUGCAUAGUCCUUGCAUAUGCUAAAACAAGAUGCAAAAAAUGUGCCAAGAAGAAGAGAAAGGUUCACAUCAGGAAAAUGUCCCAUUUGUGACCUGCAUUUUACAAUGGUAGUUCUUUGGGAGUUACACCAGCGACUGUGACCUUUGUACUAUUAUGUUUAUCAAGAUUCUUUAGUAUCAUGUGAUGAUUGGUGAAGUGCCUGGGCUGGACAUGUAUGCCAGGGUGUCUCAUUGCUGCACUCAUCAAUCAUUGCUCUUAUUUCUUGUUUAACUAUAUACUGUAUCCUAUUUGUU